ACCUCGGUAAAGAAGCCAAUGAUGACCAGUGCCACCUAUAUAAUUAUGUGCUAGAAUCAGUAUCUCCUGAGUGAAUUCGCAGGCGUGAUAUCGUCACGGGAUUCUCAGUCCGGUGAUAUUUUUUAUUGGGGAUUGUACACUUCGGAUAGUACCGUUUUCCGUGUGGAAUUCAUUCAAGGGGUUGCGUUACGUGCAUUUGAGUUUCCGGUAGUCCGAUAGGGGUGUGGCGAUAGACCCGAAUUCUCCCGGCACGAUGACGCAGAUACGUAGUUUGUUCUGUCGAUCGUUAUCUCGUGCACAAAAGUGUCUCAACAGUGUAUGUUGACUACCGUUUCGCGAAACAAGUGCGCACGUUGUCACGGGAUGCGUGAAUUUCCUUGAUGAUUCGAAGAGACUUGCAGUCGUUCGUAACAUGUCAAAAUAAUAAACAGAGAUUAAUCUCGAUCGCUUUCGUUUAAUCGAUAACAGACAAAAUAAUUAAGGGAUAUGUAAAUCGAAUAUGUAGUUUUUAUCUUUAUUAUUUACAUACUAUUGCACAUUUCUCCUCAUUGUCUGUCAUUACUUCUGUCCAAUUCGGUAGUCCACUCAAUAUGUGUGGAACACAGUGAGAAUUAUUCUGUUACUUCGUCUUCGUUGUUAAUCAUCGUGAUUGUUCUAUUAUUGGCUAGCGAUGACGUACUGACAGGUAUAAAUAUACAGGAACUAAUUAUUACAUGCGUUGAAACCUUGACUUGCACAAACUGAAAUAUUUUGUUCGCGAGAUAAUAUGCGUAGAUUGACAGCAGGGAACAAUUAUUUCAACACCAACGUCUGUUUCGUGUUACGCAAUUUUUCAUCCCAUGCAGUAUCUGUACACUUAAAUCCAUUAGAUUACAAUUAGUAACACAAGCGCGAACCUCCCACUGUCAUAUAUGUACAUGCACGAGAUAAUAGAGAAAAAACGUCGAGCAACAAAUCGUGCUGAAAUUAUACAACACAGUUAAAAAACAUCAUGUUAUAAUGCAGCUCUCUAGAGGAUCAUUCCAAUGAGAAGUUUGCGCGUGUCAUUACAAUUUUGUUUUCGUAUUUCACAAUAACUGUAAAAAACUAACUUAUUUCAAAUGGCACUUAAAGUAAUUACCAGCUAAUCUUGGUGUUGUGGUGUUAAACGCGAUAAAAAAGCUUUGUAGGAAAUUCCUUUUUAGAUAUCCAACUUUAACCUCAGAGAUGAUAACACAAUCGCGAUCUAUAUGUAUCAGUUUCUACUAAGAGUCGAUUAAGUUCUCUUCAGUCUUUAAAUCAAGUUUGAAUCUGCUGACUUAUUUCUUAAUUUCCGGCGAUAGUAUGAAAUAUUAUUGAUUGUCCAAGCUUAAGUUGUAUCAUCGAAUUGUAUUAGGUUGUGUUUGUAACCGUGCUGUCUUUUCGCUUGAUAAAUAAUGAAUCGAAUUAAUACGGAGAAGUGAUGCGAGAGACAUUGUAGUGUAGAAAACGGCAAUAUGGAAAUAGCUGGUACGAAAGUGAUUCAAUGGUUCAACGAACUCAGGACUCGGUGUCAUCUCUAUUUGUACGCUCAAAAUCUUGGUCCCGUAAGAGCGGAAAAUGGUGGAUCCCAGGGUGGCGAUCAACGGAGUCCGCAGCAACAUGAUAGCCGCGAGGAGAGGGUUGUUUUCAUAAACGCUCCCCAUCAACCAGCGAAAUAUAAAAACAAUCACAUUACUACCGCGAAGUACUCGCUUCUUUCGUUUAUACCUAUGUUCCUUUUUGAACAAUUUCGUCGAUACAGUAACUGUUUCUUCCUAUUCAUCGCCCUCAUGCAGCAAAUACCGGAUGUGUCUCCUACAGGUCGAUACACUACUUUAGUUCCAUUAAUUUUUAUUCUUAGCGUAUCUGCGUUAAAAGAAAUAGUCGAGGACAUUAAAAGGCACAGAGCGGACGACGAAAUAAAUAUGCGUGAAGUGGAAGUUUUACGGGAUGGUCAUUGGCAGUGGAUACAGUGGAGAAAUGUCGCUGUUGGUGAUGUUGUUAAGGUCCUGAACAACAAUUUCUUUCCUGCUGACUUGAUCUUAUUAUCAUCGUCGGAGCCACAGGGUAUGUCUUUCUUAGAGACUGCUAAUUUGGACGGGGAGACGAAUUUAAAAAUAAGACAGGCCCAUCCCGACACUGCCAGUCUUCUAGAUACCAUUGAAUUGAUGAACUUUCGUGCAAACAUACAAUGCGAGCCGCCUAACAGACAUUUGUAUGAAUUUAAUGGGGUGUUACGUGAAACUAGUAAACAAUGUGUACCUUUGGGACCUGAUCAAUUAUUACUUCGUGGCGCGAUGUUAAGGAAUACGCGCUGGGUGUUCGGUGUAGUAAUCUACACUGGUCAUGACACCAAGCUUAUGCAAAACAAUACUACGACCGCGCCCUUAAAAAGGUCCACUUUAGAUCGACUGACCAAUACACAAAUACUCAUGUUAUUCUUUAUACUUAUUUUCCUGUGCCUUUUAUCUGCGGUAUUUAACAUUCUUUGGACUAAAAAUCACAGUCAUGGAUUGUGGUAUUUAGGUUUACAAGAGGAGAUGACUAAAAAUUUUGCUUUCAAUCUUUUGACAUUCAUGAUUUUAUUUAACAAUUUAAUACCGAUUUCGUUGCAAGUCACGUUGGAAGUGGUGAGAUAUGUUCAAGCUACGUUUAUUAAUAUGGACAUUGAAAUGUACCACGCAGAAACAGAUACCCCAGCCAUGGCUCGUACGAGUAAUCUUAAUGAAGAACUUGGUAUGGUUAAUUAUAUCUUUACCGACAAAACUGGUACUCUUACGAAAAACGUAAUGGAAUUCAAACGAUGUUCAAUUGGUGGUAAAAUAUACGAUUUGCCAACUCCAAAUUUAGAGGGUGACGAGAGUAGUAGUAGUAUCAAUAGUGAGUUAAUUAGAGAUAUCGUCGAAGGGAGAUCAACGCAAGAUUGCUGUCGCCCCGCCGAUAAAAAGGCUGCAAAUCAUGCAAAAAUACUGCAUGAGUUCAUGAUUAUGUUAUCGGUGUGUCAUACUGUUAUUCCCGAGAAAGUUGACGAAACAAUUAUUUAUCAUGCAGCAUCACCGGAUGAGCAAGCGCUGGUAGACGGAGCACGUAAAUUUAAUUAUGUGUUCGAUACUAGAACGCCCGCUUACGUGGAAGUAGCGGCACUUGGUGAAAGAUUUCGGUACGAAAUCUUAAAUGUAAUAGAAUUCACGUCAGCGAGGAAAAGAAUGUCGGUGAUAGUAAAGACGCCUGAAGGAAAUAUCAAACUUUUUUGUAAGGGAGCCGAUUCUGUUAUUUAUGAAAGAUUAAGUCCAACUGAAUUGGAGAAUACUGAUCCUGAUCAGACUUCAGAUGACUUCCGAGAUGUAACUUUAGAACAUUUGGAAAACUUCGCAACCGAGGGCUUGAGAACACUGUGUUUCGCGGUUGCAGAUGUACCCGACAGUUUUUAUCAGUGGUGGCGUGAAACGUACCACAAUGCAAUGAUCAGUUUAGGAAAUCGUGAGGCUAUGAUUGAGAAUGCAGCGGACCUUAUUGAAACAAAAUUAAGAUUACUAGGAGCAACCGCUAUUGAAGAUCAAUUACAGGAUCAGGUACCGGAAACAAUACAAUCUCUUUUACAAGCUGACAUUAAUGUGUGGGUAUUGACUGGAGACAAACAAGAAACCGCUAUAAAUAUUGGUUAUUCUUGUAGAUUGAUUACUCACGGAAUGCCGUUAUAUAUUAUCAAUGAAUCAUCCUUGGAUAAAACGAGAGAAGUCAUAAUACAGCGUUGUCUUGAUUUCGGGAUCGAUUUAAAGUGUCAAAACGAUGUAGCUCUUAUUAUAGAUGGAAGUACAUUAGAAUACGCGUUAUCCUGUGAUAUUAGAAUGGACUUUUUGGAUCUAUGUUCAUCCUGCAAGGUUGUUAUUUGUUGUAGAGUUUCGCCAAUGCAGAAAGCCGAGGUGGUCGAUUUAAUCACUACUAAUAAAAAAGCUGUAACACUUGCCAUUGGAGAUGGUGCGAAUGACGUAGCCAUGAUUCAAAAAGCUCACAUCGGUGUUGGAAUUUCUGGCGUUGAAGGUCUUCAGGCAGCUUGUGCUUCUGAUUAUUCCAUCGCGCAGUUUCGUUUUUUGAAACGCUUAUUAUUCGUUCACGGUUCGUGGAACUACAGUAGAAUGUGCAAGUUGAUACUGUAUUCGUUCUACAAGAAUAUUUGUCUCUACGUCAUUGAAUUGUGGUUCGCUAUUUACUCCGGCUGGUCCGGGCAAAUUCUCUUCGAGAGAUGGUCCAUCGGUCUUUACAAUGUUGUAUUUACAGCUGCACCUCCAUUAGCUAUGGGACUUUUUGAUAAAGUGUGCUCUGCAGAAACUCAUCUAGCUCAUCCAGGACUGUAUGCAACUAAAAAUACCGGAGGAACAUCAUUUAAUAUUAAGGUAUUUUGGCUUUGGAUUGCCAAUGCUCUAAUACAUUCAUCUCUCCUUUACUGGUUGUCGCUAAUGGUUCUAAAAGAAGGCGUGAUAUGGGCAAACGGCCGCGAUGGUGGUUACAUAGUUCUGGGAAAUUUCGUAUACACUUAUGUUGUAGUGACGGUGUGUGCAAAAGCUGGAUUAAUAAUUAAUUCUUGGACGUGGGUUACUCAUUUGGCGAUGUGGGGAUCCAUUAUGCUUUGGUUUUUAUUUAUUUUUAUAUACAGUAACUUUUGGCCUGUUUUAAAUGUGGGUGCAGUAAUGGUAGGCAACGACACAAUGCUGUUUUCUUCGCCCACGUUCUGGUUGGGUCUGAUACUUAUUCCAUCUGCAGUACUACUUUUGGAUGUUACAGUGAAGGCAGUGAAAAACACGAUAUGGAAAUCCGUCACUGCGGCAGCUAGAGAAAAUGAGAUUCGAAAGUCUGAUCCCGGUGAUAUAUUCAACAGCCAUGACUACAGGAGCUCAUUGACGGAGACGGCUCGGCUACUGAAAAACGUAAAAAGUGUUUUCACCAGGCGAUCGAACGCCGCCUCCAGAGUUAAUAUCGAGGUGGAGCUAUCACGUAAGUUGUCUUAUCUGUCUAACGACGGGCUGCGAUCGAGGAAAAUGAGAACGAUAAGAACAAUGAACCUCUUGUACAGACUGUUUAACUUCUUAGCCUGGUCGUUUGGUAUCCUCUACUUUACUCGUUACUAAUAAACAUACCGUUGUCUAACUUAAGAGCACGCGCUUCGUGUACUUCUUCACGGCUUUCUCCUAUUCAGUUGGAAGGAAUUUAAAUAUUCCUUGUAACAAGCAAACAAUUUCUCACGAUAUUUCGCACUUGCACACUGUUUUAGUACGCUUUAACAGUAUACAUACACUGGGUUACUGUUAGUUUAUAAAUUGUAUUAACAAUACCGUCGUAGCUUCCACUAAUCUUUGAUUCAGUCAGACUAAUCCUAAUGUGUUAAAAACAACUUCGUAAUAAUUUGUGUGGAGCAUAGUUUCAAGAGCUCUUUUAGAAACGUAGAUAUGUAGACGGUCGUCUGGUGAUAGAGAUUGCGUUCUAACAUUCGAUUACAGCAAAUAAUAAAAAUUCGUUUCCUACAUGUUUGCAUGCGCCUUAACCAAUUUAAUUGUUGUGGUAACAGAGAUUAAUCGGUUGCGAUCUUUGUUGUUGAACAUGCUGCGCGAUGCAGAUGGAUUUGCAUUCUCUCAAGAGGAAGGAGGCUCGGUGACACAGACGGACGUGAUCAGAGCUUACGAUACAAAUCUUCCGAAACCUGGCGGCA